AUGGAGUCUCAUAUUGCCAUUUUCCCAACUCCAGGGAUGGGCCACCUCAUCCCACUAGUAGAAUUUGCCAAAAAACUUAUUCAAAAACACAAUUUUACGGUAACUUUCUUCAUCCCAACUGAUGGGUUUCUCUCAAAUGCAUCAAAAUCCUUUCUUGAAAAUCCCACACCUCGUAUAGAAUAUGUUGUUCUUCCCCCUGCCAAUAUUGAUGAUUUGUCCGAGGAUGUUAAGAUUGAAACUCGUAUUGCUCUCACUGUUAUACGUUCCCUUUCAUCCCUUCGUGAUGCUGUUAAAUCAUUUGUUUCGACUAAAAACUUUGUGGCUUUUGUGGUUGAUUUGUUUGGGACUGAUGCAUUUGAGGUUGCCAAUGAAUUCGAGAUUUCUCCAUAUAUUUUCUAUCCCUCUACGGCCAUGUGUUUGUCAUUAUUCUUAAACUUGUCGAAGCUAGAUGAAUCUGUGUCGUGUGAGUAUAGAGACAUGUCUGAGAAGGUUCGGAUCCCGGGUUGCAUGCCGAUUCAUGGGUCGGAUCUUUUGCAACCGGUUCAGGACAGGAAAAAUGAUGCAUACAAAUGGGUUCUUCAUCAUUCAAAGAGACACAGAAUGGCAGAAGGGAUUGUUUUGAACAGUUUCAAGGAAUUGGAGCCUGGUGCCAUUGAGUAUUUGCAAGAACCAGAAACUGGUAAGCCACCCGUUUAUUGCAUAGGACCCUUGAUUCGAAUGGGCUCAGUAUCUGAAAACAAUGAAGGAUCUGUAUGUUCGAAAUGGCUAGAUGAACAGCCAAGUGGCUCAGUUUUGUAUAUAUCUUUUGGGAGUGGUGGGACCCUGUCCCAUCAACAGAUAACUGAAAUUGCAUUUGGAUUAGAGAUGAGUGAACAAAGGUUUUUGUGGGUUCUUAGAUCUCCAAGUGAUACAAUUGCCAAUGCUACAUAUUUCAGUACUCAAAAUUCUUGUGACCCUUUGGCUUCUUUGCCACAAGGGUUCUUGGAUAGAACCAAGGGGCGUGGACUAGUGGUGCCUUUAUGGGCACCUCAGGCACAAAUUCUUAGCCACGGUUCAACCGGUGGGUUUUUGUCACAUUGUGGUUGGAACUCAACCCUUGAGAGUGUUGUUAAUGGUAUACCGUUGAUUGCUUGGCCACUCUAUGCAGAACAAAGAAUGAACGCAGUUAUGUUGACUGAGGACAUGAAAGUAGCCUUAAGGCCAAUAUUCAAUGAAAAUGGUCUAGUGACGAGAUUUGAAAUAGCGAAAAUUGUGAAGAAUUUAAUGGAAGGAGAAGAAGGUAAAGGGAUUCAGAGUCGAAUGAAAGACCUUAAGGAUGCAGCUGCAAAAGUUCUUAGCGACAAUGGAUCUUCCACAAAAUCACUCACGGAAUUGGCUACCAAGUGGAAAAGUAAGUUAGUAUUCAAAUAA